GUUAAAUCUAACAUGAUGGAGGUUGUCCCUGCUACUCAUGGAAGUUAUUAUCCCACUACUAACCACUGUGUGAAUAACAAUAUUGGUAAAGUAUUAUUUGGGAAGGGGACACAACUCUAUGUACAAGCAAAACAAAAAAAAGAUCCAGAAUUUUACAAACUUCAAGACUCGUGUCUGGCGACUGACUUCACGGACCAUUCAGCUGUAAAUUCCAGUCACGCUACAGUGAGAUAUUCAGGCAAAGAUUACCAAAACUACUACAGUAACUUUGCCUUUGGAGGUGGAGACGACUGCCAAGAAAAAGACAGCUGUAGAGGAUCAUCCAGUGAAAGUGGUGAUAUAGAAAAAGAUGAAAAAAUCAACUUCUUGUCACUGGGCCUCUUUUGGCUGAGAAUUCUCUUUCUGAAGACUGUUGUGUUCAACGUCCUGAUGACUUUCAAAGCAUGGAUGAGCUAACGUCUCACAAAUCCAAGUCGUUUUUCAUCAGUUGGAUUUAUCACCGUGCCUUCACCGAAGACAACAGAAAAUGUUGCAUCACGUUCGAGAGCCAUUAGAUUUGCACCGUUGUUGUUAAAUGAUGAUCAAGGGAUUAUGUAACCUCCCUCAGUUAUGCUCUAGUGCUUAUGGUUUUAAGAAUAAUAAACUGUAUACACAUUUGAAUGUAAUGUGUUUAUAUGCUUUUAUAAUAUGGGCUCAACUAUUCUAGUUUAGGAUACAAUAGACGUAUAUGCCGCCAUUUAGUUGUUUCUAAUUUAGCAACUUAGAUGUAGUUCAUGUUUAAUUUCUCUUUAUUUGAAUGAUUUCUACAUUUAUUAUGUAAAAAUACAUUAUU